AUGCACUUCCAUUUCUUAUUUUACAGAGAUAUCAAACCUGACAACAUACUGCUGGAUGAGCACGGGCAUGUUCACAUCACUGACUUUAACAUAGCAACUAUAGUCAAAGGAUCAGAAAAGGCUUCCUCUAUGGCUGGCACUAAGCCCUAUAUGGCUCCAGAAGUGUUCCAGGCCUUUAUGGAUGGAGGUCCAGGAUAUUCAUACCCAGUAGACUGGUGGUCACUAGGAAUUACAGCAUAUGAAUUGCUGCGGGGUUGGAGGCCAUACGAAAUUCAUUCAGCCACUCCAAUUGAUGAGAUCCUAAACAUGUUCAAGAUAGAAAGAGUUCAUUACUCAUCCACAUGGUGCAAGGGCAUGAUCGCAUUACUGAAAAAGCUCCUCACUAAGGACCCUGAGUGCCGCCUUUCAAGUCUUGCAGACAUUCAGAGCUCUCCGUACUUAGCUGAUAUCAACUGGGAUGCUGUCCUGGAGAAAGCUGUGACACCAGGCUUUGUUCCUAAUAAAGGAAGACUGAAUUGUGACCCUACAUUUGAACUAGAAGAAAUGAUUUUAGAGUCCAAACCCCUUCAUAAAAAGAAAAAGCGACUUGCAAAAAACAAAUCCAAAGAUGGAGCAAAAGAAAGCUGUUCACUGAAUGUACACCUGCAGCAGUGCUUGGAAACUGUGAGGAAAGAAUUCAUCAUAUUCAACAGAGAAAAACUGAGAAGACAGCAGGAACAGAGUGGGCCGACGUCUAGUUUGGACAGGAGAGCAUCCCUUCAAACACAUGGAAAACUUCAGGAUGGACGCAACAACAACCUACUGGGACAUGGGUGCACAAAAGGCUGCAGCAGCUAGUUAGACACGCAUCUUGUUGCACAGUUUAACACCGAAAGGGUCCGUGAAAGCUCGUCUCUGUGCACAGCUUGAUAUUUCACCUUCUCCCCAGGAAAACUGACUCCUACAAAAAGUGCAAUCCCAUUGCUGAGUACAAAGAUACAAAGCACACAGAUUGGGAGCUCAAUUUACACAGAUGACACUGUUUCUCUUUAGACUGUGCUACCAGAAAAAUGACCAUCAGCAGCAAAAUAAAGGGGGUUUCUAUGUUGACCCUCCUUUCAUAACAUCUUCAAAAUCCUGGAACAAAACUUGAAAGAAUUCAUUUGGACAUAGUCUCCAAGGUUGGCAGGUUUCUGGUUACCUGCAAGAUACAGUUCUAUGUCUGGGCCAGCGUUGUCCUUAAAAUCUUACAUUAUCAAAUGCUAAAGGAAAUACUCUGCUGUCUCUGUUAAUUAAAACAAUCUACUUAAAUUGGAAUAUGGAAUUUUGUGAGACUGCUAAACACAGC